AGCGGGCGGCGGGGGGACGGAGCCAUGAUGGCGGCGGCGAUGGCGGCGGCGGCGCUGGGACUGCUCUGCCUCCUGCCCGGCCUGGCCCACGGGGCCUCCCUUGGCGAGGGGGCGGCCGGCGCCUCAGCCCCCGUCGGCCUCCCCUCCGCAGGGCGCGAGCGGGCCGAGGUCCUCGCUGUCGCCUCCAUCUCCGACGACGAGCUCAAGGAGGUCUCGGAGCAGCUCUACGCCGCCGACGGGAACCGGGCUGCCAGCGGGCAGAUCGUCCUCGACCUGCAGUACGAGAUCGCGGCUUCCAAGGCCAGCGCCGGCAAGGACUACGCCUCGAAUAGGCUCUUCAAGUACGUGGCGGAGGCCACGCUCUUUGCCAAGCCCACCUUCGCCCGGCUCCUGGCCCUCCUGGACAACUACGAGGAGAAGACGGGCUACAGCGAGACGCUGCUGUCCAAGGAGGAGCAGGAGGUGGAGGCCUUCCUGGAGGCCGUCUUCCAGACGUCCGUCAUGGCCACGCUCACGAGCUUCUUCCUCGACAAGGGCCUGUACUCCUCGGCGAAGGCUUUCCAGGCUGACCUGAAGGAGAUGUGGUUCGGGCUGUACUCGCGCUCCAGCGGGGCGGCCCUCGACUCCUCCGGCUUCGAGCACGUCUUCCACGGGGAGAUCAAGAACGGGAAGGUGUCAGGCUGCCACAGCUGGGUGCAGCUCUACGAGCUGGAGAAGGCCGGAGAACUCAACUACCUGAGCUACAGCUACGACGGGCCCUGGACCGCCUUCCCCGACGUCCUGGCCCUGCAGUACCGCUGGAACGGCUACCUCAAGAGCAUCGGCUCCCUCUUCGUGGGCUCCAGCCCCGAGUUCGACCUGGCCCUCUACACCCUGUGCUACAAGGCCCGGCCCGACCAGAAGUGCGAGGUGAGCCUGGGGGGCGAAGCCGCCCAGAUCCAGACCUACUCCUGGACCAGCUCCUUCUACGGGGACAACCAGCGCUUCGUGGCCUCCUCGUACCCCGUGAGCCCCUGAGCCGCCCGCGCCGGGCAAUAAACCUCCGCUCACCCCUC